CAGCCGCGAAGGGCGGCCGGCAGAGCGACGCGGAGCCCCGCCGGCGCGGACCCCGACGACGUCCCUGCCUGGAGCCCGCGCGCCCCGGGCCGCCCUCGAGGGCCAGGAGCGGCGCCCGGCGGCCGCCCCUGCAGGCCUUGUCUCUGCUGGGACCUUCAGAGGCCCCUCCGACCUGAAAGCACGCCGGCGGACGCCAUGCAGGGGGCUCUGACACCCCUGGCUUCGCUGCCACCACCUCUGCUGCUGCUGCUGCUGCUGGCGUGCGGGCCGAGGGCGGCUGCCAGCGGCGGGGCCGCUGGGGCAGCGGGCUACCCGCCGGUGCAGUACGUGCAGCCCAUGCACAAAGGACCCGUGGGGCCGCCCUUCCGCGAGGGCAAGGGCCAGUACCUGGAAAUGCCUCUACCACUAUUGCCGAUGGACCUGAAAGGAGAGCCCGGACCCCCUGGAAAGCCUGGGCCACGGGGUCCCCCCGGCCCUCCUGGCUUCCCAGGAAAACCAGGCACGGGAAAACCUGGGCUCCACGGGCAACCUGGCCCCGCCGGCCCCCCUGGCUUCUCCCGGAUGGGCAAGGCUGGUCCCCCAGGGCUCCCAGGCAAGGUUGGACCACCAGGGCAGCCAGGGCUUCGCGGGGAGCCAGGGAUUCGAGGGGACCAGGGCCUCCGGGGGCCCCCAGGGCCCCCUGGCCUCCCUGGGCCCUCAGGCAUUGCUGUCCCUGGAAAACCAGGCCCCCAGGGGGUGCCCGGGCCCCCAGGAUUUGGGGGGGAGCCAGGACCCCAGGGAGAGCCUGGGCCCCCAGGUGAUCGAGGCCUCAAAGGUGAAAAUGGAGUGGGCCAGCCAGGGCUACCUGGAGCCCCAGGGCAGGGUGGUGCCCCGGGGCCCCCAGGUCUCCCUGGCCCGGCUGGUUUAGGCAAACCAGGUUUGGAUGGGCUUCCUGGGGCCCCUGGCGAUAAGGGUGACACUGGGCCUCCUGGGGUGCCAGGACCUAGGGGGGAGCCUGGGGCUCUGGGCCCAAAGGGGCCCCCUGGGGUGGACGGGGUGGGGGCACCAGGGUCAGCAGGGUUGCCAGGGCCACAGGGCCCACCAGGAGCCAAAGGGGAACCAGGGACCCGGGGCCCCCCUGGCCUGAUAGGCCCCACUGGUUAUGGGAUGCCAGGCCUGCCAGGUCCCAAGGGGGACAGGGGCCCAGCUGGGGUCCCAGGGCUCUUGGGGGACAGGGGCGAGCCAGGUGAGGAUGGGGAGCCAGGGGAACAGGGCCCACAGGGCCUUGGGGGGCCCCCUGGACUUCCAGGGUCUGCAGGGCUCCCUGGCAGACGUGGGGUCCCUGGGCCUAAGGGGGAGACAGGGCCUAUAGGACCCCCAGGAGUGCCUGGCAUUCGGGGUGACCAAGGGCCUAGUGGCCUGGCUGGGAAACCUGGGCUCCCAGGAGAGAGGGGGCUUCCAGGGGCUCAUGGACCUCCUGGACCGACUGGGCCCAAAGGUGAGCCUGGUUUCACAGGCCGUCCUGGAGGACCAGGGGUGGCAGGAGCCCUGGGGCAGAAGGGUGACUUGGGGCUCCCUGGACAGCCCGGCCUGAGGGGCCCUUCAGGAAUCCCAGGACUCCAGGGUCCGUCUGGCCCUAUCGGGCCCCAGGGUCUGCCAGGCCUGAAGGGCGAACCAGGCCUACCGGGGCCCCCUGGAGAGGGGAAAGUGGGGGAACCUGGCGUGGCUGGGCCGACAGGGCCUCCCGGGGUGCCAGGUUCCCCAGGACUCACGGGCCCUCCUGGGCCUCCUGGCCCCCCUGGUCCCCCCGGAGCCCCGGGGGCCUUCGACGAGACUGGCAUCGCCGGCUUGCAGCUGCCCAACGGUGGAGUGGAGGGAGCUGUGCUGGGCAAGGGGGUGAAGCCACAGUUGGGGCUAGGGGAGCUGUCGGCCCAUGCCACGCCCGCCUUCACCGCUGUGCUCACCUCUCCCUUCCCUGCCUCGGGCAUGCCCGUCAAGUUUGACCGGACUCUCUACAACGGCCACAGUGGCUACAACCCGGCCACGGGCAUCUUCACCUGCCCCGUGGGCGGGGUCUACUACUUCGCCUACCACGUGCAUGUCAAGGGCACCAACGUGUGGGUGGCCCUCUACAAGAACAACGUGCCGGCCACGUACACCUACGACGAGUACAAGAAGGGCUACCUGGACCAGGCGUCUGGCGGGGCCGUGCUGCAGCUAAGGCCCAACGACCAGGUCUGGGUACAGAUGCCCUCGGACCAGGCCAAUGGCCUCUACUCCACCGAGUACAUCCACUCCUCCUUUUCGGGAUUCUUGCUGUGUCCCACAUAACCCGUGCUGCCCUGGCCUCCUCCUCUUUAGCGGUAGAGAGACCUUCUCACUUACCAAGAACCUCCAUUUAAAGAAAAAAAAACCAAAGACUGAAACAGGCGGGCACAAAGGCAGCCGCGGCCUCGGCCUGGGGAGACUGACUUGGAUUCUCUCCACGCAGGCUGAGGUUUCUUCCUGGAAGAAGCUGGCCUGAGUUCCUCUCCCCCACGUGUCUGUGCAGUGGUGGGGGUUGUGCCCCCAUUCCUGCCCUGCCUGGCCCCCUGGCAGGGCCCCAGACGUUCAGCCUGGCUGGUGGAGACCCCUGCCCCCUCGAGAGUCCUGGGCUCUGCCGGGCGGUGAAGGAGGCUGCUUCUCAGUGAGUCAGUGGUGAGAGGGGGCUGAGCAGCCCCCUCCAUUCCCCUGAGGAGACAUAUUCCCAAGCCCUGCCCAGCCUGCUGGCCCCCAAAGGGCACCUGCUCAAGGGAUGGGGCGUGGCCUCCCUCAGUUCUUGGCUGGGGCUCUUCCAGCGGCCCUGGGACCUCCAGCUGAAGGUGAUGGAUCUCCCGAAGAGUUUUUGUUUCUCUCCAGGGCAAGGGAGAAGAGGGGGACCGUGGUGGCCAGUGUGGACACCCUGUCAGGACUGCAACCCUAGCGGUGGGGCUGUGGAUGCAGGCCUGUCCCCGGUGGGUAUGGGUGCGUGACCGCUCCUCCUGGCUCCUGGGCAGUGCCGACCCCCACUCACUGCUCAGGCUGCAGCCACGGAGAACAGUGGCUUGUGAGGGGCAGGGGCGUGGGCCUGGCGCAGGAUGGCCGUUCUUCACAUUCAUCUCCAUCCCCAAGGCUGCACCCACCAGCUUUGGCUUUGCUCAGUGUGAGGGCAGCCGCCCAGGCCCCUGCGGACCGCCAGAGGUGGCACGAGGCAGGGCUGGCAAUCAGCAAGCCUGAGUAUUCCUCCUCUCUCCUUUCACCUGCUGAGGGAGAGCCGCUUUACUCAGACAAAACUGUAAGGGGUGCUUGCCAGCCCCACCCCCAGUAGCCCCAUGGCCUAGAGCUUCCUGUUCACCCACAGAACAAGGUGCACACAAGCUCGUUGAUGAAGACAGCCGCCCGCUUCUCCUUAGUAAGAGCCAGAUGGUGGGUGUGCGUCGACUCCAGGGGUUAAUCUGCAGGGGCUUCCUCUCCUUCCACUCUCUGGUUCCAAUUUCCUGUCCAAAGCAGGAUUAGGGCCCAGGAGGCUGAGGCCCUGAGAAAAAGGGUGCCAACAGGCCCCUUUGGGAUGAGGUGGAUGUUACUGCCAUUUUCCCCAAUCAGAGCUCUCCUCUGCAGGAAACAGGCAAGACCUCCUUCCCUUCCCUUGGCCCCUAGUUCAAGCUGAGUGGAUACCACUGAGAUGAGGGCCCAGCGUGGACGUGCUACAGCUCUGGCCCUCACCCCGCCUGCCCAUGUUGAGGAAGGAGGUUGAUCACCGACUUCUGACGUGUUAGGCUGUGGCUCCCUCAGGCCCCUGGGCUGACCUCCUCCCCACCCACAACUUCUCCAAAUCAAGCAGACCCUUUGACCACUCGUUUUAACUUUCAAAAGGAGAAAAGAAAACCCAAAUCUGCCCAAGUGGCACUUCAAGAGCAGGCUGGGCUAGGGUUCCUGGUGGGUUUCUUAUCCAUCAGCACCAUGGGAACUAAGUCUUAAAUCAUACCUCAUGGGGCCACCUGCUCAGCAUUCUUACUGAGUCAAAGCCACUGCCAUUUGACCUGUUAGGAAGGGUUCUGAUGGGUGAAAAGGCACCAGCUCCCAGUGAAGUCCAGGGCCCUGAGGGUACGGGGAGCCAAAAAAAAAAAGAACAAAGGAGCUGUUUCACAGAACUGAGUUUCUGCCAAGUGUCAUUCCUGAAGCCUUUGGGGAGAGGUGGGUGGUGUUUCCAAAAUAUUUAUGGGACUUUAGUUCCAGGUGUCCACUUAACUGACUAGCUUUGAUAAACUGUGUCAGGUUUUAACAAUGAAAACUACCCAUUACCUUGUGCAUUUUUGUAUUCUAAUUCCUCAUUUUUUUUUUAAAGAUUAAGGUUUAAAUGUUUUCCAUUAGUAAUUUCAUUUCUAACCUGGUAUAGGAGGCUUAGUUCCCUACAUACCUAUUAUGUGCCCUGUGUCAUAGGAGAUUCGGGAAAAAUGCACUUGGGAAUCAAAGAAAAUGGAACUUCUUUUUGAAAAGAAAAACAAUGGUAUUGACUGUAUUGACACAAUCUCAAUAAAGCCUGUUGUAUAAACAGCACUGUACUGAAACUGG